AUGGCUGGACGACAAACAAGGGCGAGUGCAGAGGGUAACCAACAGCCGUCGUACGACAACCCUGAAAGACAGACACCAAGGCAAGCCCAACAGCAAGAACUGUCCCCGCCGUACACGACGCAAAACUCCACCCAAGGCCAGACUACACAGCUGGGUAGCCAGGAUGAACUUAUGCCUGACGGCUUUGGCGAAAUCAAUACCAUGUUCCCGCAGGAGCCUACUUACAGCACCUCUGGAUUCUCGGCCAGACCCAUGUUCGAUCAGGGCCAUUAUCCAAUCAGCUCCGCGCUCAUUGACGAAGUGCUAAGCGGAUUUAUCAUGAACUGUGCCAGAGACUUAUACGUAUGA